ACAUUUAUUGUUAAGUAAAGUAAUUGUGACAUCAGAAGAAAACCAUCCAAUCAUAGUUGCUGCUUUUUUCUCUAAAUUUCUUCUCCCUUUUGCUAGUCUUUUCUCACUACCACAGUUUCAUCUCUCGUCUGUCCAGUAGGUCUCUGUACAUUAUUUAGUAUGCUAACACUAUAACACUUCAGUUUAUAUUUGUAGUGAAAAUUGGACCCAGAAUCUUAGAAGUGCUCAGCUGGAAUACAUCUCUUCUCAUGAACUGCAGAACUCAAGAUACUAAACAUUUGCUUUUUGGAAAAUUCACUACCAAUAAAAGGCCCAAGACUCUGGAACCAGCGAAUCACACUUUUUACAAUGGAUUUUCAGGACUCAGGCUGUAGAUGCCGUAAGAUAGGGCUUCAGCGAUGUUCAUAUUGCAGACCCCAGGCCUGCAGUUGCAGUCAGAGGCACUCUCUGACCCAAAAAGGCAUGGCCAGACCUAGGCAACUCCGGGGCCUAGGAAUGUGCAUUACUGCGGUGCUGGCCUCCUUCAUCAUGGGCUUUACUGUGGGUUGGUUUACUAAGCCUCUCAAAGAAACAACUACUUCAUCUGCUUAUCAUCAAAGUAUACAACAGAAACUCUUGUCUGAAAUGAAAGCUGAAAAUAUUAGAUCAUUUCUUCGUUCCUUUACAAAACUUCCCCAUCUGGCAGGAACGGAACAAAAUUUACUACUUGCCAAGAAAAUCCAAACACAAUGGAAGAAAUUCGGAUUAGAUUCAGCCAACCUGGUUCAUUAUGAUGUUCUCUUGUCUUACCCAAAUGAGACAAAUGCAAACUAUGUAUCCAUUGUGGAUGAACAUGGAGCUGAGAUUUUUAAAACAUCAUACCUUGAGCCACCACCAGAUGGAUAUGAGAAUGUCACAAACAUCGUACCACCAUAUAAUGCAUUUUCAGCCCAUGGGAUGCCAGAGGGAGAGCUUGUGUAUGUCAACUAUGCUCGUACUGAGGACUUCUUCAAACUAGAAAGAGAGAUGCACAUCAACUGCACUGGCAAGAUUGUUAUUGCAAGAUAUGGGAAAAUCUUUAGAGGAAACAAAGUCAAAAAUGCCAUGCUAGCUGGAGCCAUGGGAAUCAUUCUGUACUCUGAUCCAGCUGACUACUUUGCCCCUGGUGUACAGCCAUAUCCCAAAGGAUGGAACCUUCCUGGAGCUGCAGCCCAGAGAGGAAAUGUCUUAAAUCUGAAUGGGGCAGGUGACCCACUCACUCCAGGUUAUCCAGCUAAAGAAUAUACCUUCAGACUUCCUGUUGAAGAAGCAGUGGGGAUUCCAAACAUACCUGUACAUCCAAUUGGAUAUAAUGAUGCAGAGAGACUGUUACGCAACUUGGGAGGAACUGCUCCACCAGACCAAAGCUGGAAGGGAAGUCUAAAUGUUAGUUACAAUAUUGGGCCUGGCUUUUCAGGAAGUGAAUAUUCCAGGAAAGUUCGAAUGCAUGUUCAUAAUAUUAACAAAAUCACAAGAAUUUACAAUGUAAUUGGAACUAUCAGAGGGUCUACAGAGCCUGACAGGUAUGUCAUUCUCGGAGGUCAUCGUGACUCCUGGGUGUUUGGAGGGAUUGACCCUACGACUGGGACAGCAGUUUUGCAAGAGAUUGCGCGAAGUUUUGGAAAACUGGUGAAUGGAGGUUGGAAACCUAGGAGAACUAUUAUUUUUGCCAGCUGGGAUGCAGAAGAGUUUGGGCUGCUGGGUUCAACAGAAUGGGCUGAAGAGAAUGCAAAGAUCCUACAGGAGAGAAGCAUUGCUUACAUCAACUCAGAUUCGGCUAUAGAAGGUAAUUACACUCUCCGAGUUGAUUGCACUCCUCUUCUCCACCAGUUGGUGUAUAAAGUGGCAAGAGAGAUUUCCAGUCCUGAUGAUGGUUUUGAAAGUAAAUCACUUUAUGAAAGCUGGCUGGAAAAAGACCCUUCACCUGAAAAUAAAGAACGUCCUAGAAGCAGUUCCCAGCACCCAAGAGAUCCAAUAGCUGUUUCUGGCUUCUGUGAGCAUCUGAAUGUGAGUAUAAAUAAGAUGAAUCAUAUGGCAAUUUUGCUAUAUAUUAGUCAUUAUCUGGCAUCUUUAUGUAACUUUAAUUUCAGAUAUGUAGUAGAUAUCUUAAAUAAUAGUAUAACUUUGUGCAAUAAUAAUGUAAAAAUUAAAUGUUUUAUAUGUUUUCAUGUGCUUGGAUAUGCGUGUGUGUGUGUGUGUGUGUAUACAUUGUACAUUUAUGUAUGUGUUGGUGUGAGCCAAAGGUUAAUGCUGGGUAUUUUCUUCCAUUGAUUUCCAACCUUAUUUUUUCCCCUUUUAUAAAAAAUUUAUUUCAUUUUUUAAUGAUAUGUGUCUAUGUAUAUCUCUGUGGGUAUAUGCGGAGGUAAAAUGAGUUGGAUAAACUAAAAACAGGAGUUUACAUCGCACCUAUGCGAUUUCUGGGAACUGAGCUCAUGUCCUCUGCAAGGUCUGUAUGUGGUCUUAAUCACUGAGUCAUCUCUUCAGCCUCUCCACCUUAUUCACUUUCACUUUUCACGUUAGAUCAUUCAUUGACCCUGUAGCACCCAGCAAAACUGUCUGGUUGUGAAUUUCCAGGACCUUGUUGUAUUUGCUCCCAAACCCCCAAACACUGGGGUUUAAGAUGUGUGUGGCUAGGACUGGCUUUUAUGUGGACGGUGCAAAUCUUAAUUCAAUGUCUUCAUGCUUACAUAGCAAGCACUUUGCCCAUUGAAUCAUCUCCCUAGACCCCUGCAUUUUUAUUUUAUAUUUAAUAAAGAAACAUUUACAAUAAUCACCUAUUUGUGUGCCUUCCUGUAGUUUAGAUUUUUAUUUUUUUUUAUCUUUUUUCUUUUUUUUUUUUUUUUUUGGUUCUUUUUUUCGGAGCUGGGGACCGAACCCAGGGCCUUGCGCUUCCUAGGCAAGCGCUCUACCACUGAGCUAAAUCCCCAGCCCCUUUUUUUAUCUUUUUUCAUUUAUGCUGUAGUAACUUUGUGAAUUUAUUAUAUACUUAUCCAUUUUUAUUACUGUAUGAUUUCUAAAACUGGAAUUGGAAAUUUCUAAAAUUAGUGGAAAGUGGUAGUUUAUGACUUCAUUUUAUUUUCUAAAGUCUUCCUUAAAAUAUCAUUUUAUUUAUUUUUAAUUAUAUAUUUUUAAUUAUUCUUUCUAUUUUUUUUUACUAUAAUUAUGUCAUUUUCCCCUUUCCUUUCUUCCCGCCAUCAUUUCCCAUGUACUCUUUCAAAUCCAUGGUCUCUUUUCUUUAAGUAAUGUUACCUUUAUGUUUGUCUGUACACAGACUCACUGAGUACACGCCUCAAUGUAUGCCUACAACUCAAUCCGCACAGUAUUAGUUGUUUAUGUUCUGGGGCUGACCAUUUGGUGUGCUGUUUCCUGGGCGAAGACUGUUUCUUUGGCUCUCAUCAUUCCUUAGUUGUCUGGAGGUUUUUGUCUUUGGUUAAUCCUUCUUAAGCCUUUUUCCUUCCCAUAUUAGCAUAUCUGUAGGUGUUUUCCUUGUUUAGGCAGCCAUGGUGGUGAGGUUUCCUAGGAGUAGAUUUUCUGACAUUUCUUGUUCCUCUGGACCUUAAACCUUUGUAUUUCCUUUUCCAAAAUGAUCCCUGAGCGUCAGGUUCAGAGACUGUUGUAGAUAUAUUAGUUAGGACUGGGCUCCCAUGUUGAUCAAGUAUUGAUUUCUGUAUUGUAUCCUGCCACAUUCCUAAAGAUUUAAAAUGUCUACAGGUUUUCUGGUCGAAUUAUAGGGGUCUCUAGGUAUCAUACUAUGUCAUCUUCUAAAAGGGAUAGUUUGGCUUCUUUUCCUAUUUGUGUACUGUUAAUUUCCUUCUCUUCCACAAUAACUCCAGCUAGUGCUUUUAACACAAUAUUGAAGAGAAGUAGGAGUAGCAAAUAACCCUGGGGUUGCUUCAAUUUUUCUCCCAUUUAGAAUGAUGUUGGUUGUAGGUUUCUCAUAUAUGGCUCUUAUUAUUUGAGUUUUGUUCUCUCCAGUCCCACCUUACUCUAUGACUUUUAUCAUCAAGGUAUGUUGGAUUUUGGUGAAGAAACCAUGCUGGAUUUUCUGUAUCUAUCGAGGUGAUCAGGUGAUUUUUGUUUUUUAUGUCAAUUUCUUUGCCUUAUAACAUAUUUUGACUUUGUAUGUUGAACCAUCUCUGCAUCUCAGAGACAGAGCCAACUUUGUCGUGAUGGAUAACAUUUUGGAUGAGUGUUUGUAUUUGUUUCACGCAUAUUUCAUUGACUCUAUGUUCAUCGAAGAAAUUGGCAUAAGCUAUAAAGUUUUCUUCGUUUGUUACAUCUUUAUGUGAUUUGGCUAUUAGAGUGAUACUGGAUUCAUGGAAGGAGUUUGGAAACACUCUUUUCUGGUUCUAUUUUAUAGGAUAGUUAAGAUCUUCUUUGACAUUCUUACAGAAUGCUGUUGUGAGUCCAUCUGGCCAAGAACUUCUUAAAGUCUUUAUAACUUUUAAAUCCUUAUUUGUUAUGGUUUCUUUAACUUGUCCACUUCUUACUGGUAUAAUUUUGGUGAUUUAGUUGAAUACAGAAAUGUAUUCAUUUCUUUUAGGUUUUCCAAAUUAAUGGAGUACAAGCUAUUAAUUUUUUUCUGUCUGUUUUAGUAUUUCAUUGUUUAUUUAUGAUUUCUAUUAAUUUGGUUCCAUUUUUUUUUCAUUUUUCUGGGGGAAGGAGGAAUUAAUAUGGCCAAGAGUCUGUUCUUGUUUAUCUUCUCAAAGAGCCAGUUCUUCAAUUCACCAUUUUUUGUAUUAUUCUCUCUCUCUCUCUCUCUCUCUCUCUCUCUUUCUCUUUUUCCUGGUUUUGAUUAUUUCUUGCUGCUGAUUUGUUUGUUCUUUUUUCCUCCCAAUUAUAACUUCACUGAAGGGCAUCAUUAAAUAAUUUAUUUGUACACUUUCUGAUUUUUGAAUGUAGGCACUUGGAGUUAUGAGUUACACUGGACUGCUUUUAGGUCUUAGGACCUCUCAGAUUUUGUGGUGUUGUAAUAUUUGAUUUUUCACUUAAUUCCAGUAAAUUUUUAUUUCUCUUGAGAAAUGAUGGCUCAGUAAUAUGUUAUUUAAUUUUCAUACAUUGUGUAUUUAUUAGAAUUUCAUAUGCUUUUAAGUUUCUUUGGUCAAAGAUGAUACAUGGAAUUAUUUCAAAUAUUCUGAAUUUUGUAAGAAAUUGUUUUGAUCCCAAAAUAUGGGGGAAAAAAGUACCCCUGUGCUUGGUUAAUUAAAUAUAUUUACUUCAGUGUUUUCCUAGACUAUUUUAUACAUAUCUUUUAGGUCUAUUUGAUAUAUAAUGUCAUUUAAUUUUAUUUCUCUUAUUUUUGUCCAGAUCUGACUAUUGAAAAAAAGUGGGAUUUUUGACAUCACCUAUACCUACUAUUUAUGAGUUGAUGUUGAUUUGUGACUUCAAUAGUAUUUACUUUAUUUUAUGAAAUCAAGUGCUCUAGAGUUUGAUACAUAUAUAUUUAAGAUAAUAUACUCUUCUAGGUUAAUUGUUCCCUUGAUUACAAAAUUCUGAUAAGUUUUAGUUUGAGCCCUAUUUUAUCAGAUAUUAUGGUAUUAAGACUUGCUUCCUGGUCUAAUUUAAUGGGAGUUUUGUUGUUGUUAUUGUUUUGUUUUGUUUCGUUUUUUAGGGAAGUCUUUUUACAUAGGGUAGUAUCUAUUUAUCCUGAAUAUAUCAUAGAAUAUAUAUCAACUAUGAGGGAUCCUUCAACCAUGAUGGAUAGUUUUGCUAGGUAAAUCAUUCUAGUUUCCUUGGACUUAUAAUACAUUGACCCUGGUCCUUCUGCAUUUCAAAAUUUUUCCAAUGAGAAAUCAACAGUUAUUCUGAUGGGAUAUUUUUAUAUGGCUCAUUUUUUUCUUUUAUAGCUCUUAAUAUUCUCUAUGUUAUGUAUACAGUAUUUUAACUAUAAUAUAUCAUGGGAAUUCUCUUUUCUGAUGUUGAAUAUUUGGUGUUCUGCGUGUUUCUGUUACCUAUAUGGGUAAGUUUUUUUCUUAGUUGAGAAAGUAUUUUUUUCCUAUGAUUUGGGUGAAUAUGUGGUCUAUGUCUUUUUUCUUUUUAAAUAUUUAUUAUAUAUACAUACACUGUAACUGUCUUCAGACACACCAGAAGAGGGGAUGAGAUCUCAUUAUAGAUGGUUGUGAAACACCAUGCUGGGAUUUGAACUCAGGACCUCUGGAAGAGCAGUCAGUGCUCUUAACCACUGAACCAUCUCUCUAGCCCCUGGUCUAUGUCUUUGGUCUGGGGUUCUUCUUCCUCUUCUAGUCGUAUAAUUUGAAUGUUAGUCUUCUGAUAAUGUCUCACAUUUCCUGUAUGUUACUUUUUUGUGUUUUUAAAAUUCUUUUUUUCAUAUAAUUUAUUUUACAUUUUGUCUUAGUUAGGGCUUUACUACUGUGAAUAGACACCAUGACCAAAGCAACUCUUAAAAAGGACAUUUAGAUCCUGGAGAAGAAUGUUAUUUCGACUCUCUUUCCCCUUUCCCUUUCUUUGCCUCUGUCUCUCUCUCUCUGUCUCUCUGUCUCUCUGUCUCUUUCUGUCUCUCUGUUUCUCUGUCUGUCUGUCUGUCUCUCUCUCUCUCUUUCUCUCUGUCUCUCUCUCUCUCUCUGUUCAUUCAUAUAUCACACAUUUGUGUUGAGGUCAGAGGACAAUUUGUCCUUGUUUCCCUCCUUCUAUUAUGUGGAUCCCAAGAAAACUCAGGCUCAUUGACAAGCAUCAUUAUCUCUAAGCCAUCUUGCUGGUCCCUAAAUCAGUCCUGUAAAACUUUAAAUGUGUUUGUUCCCUUAUAAAAGUUUCAUAUGCUUAUUCAGCAGAAAAUAAAACACUAUAAACAGCUUGAGGUAAACUAUGAAAAUGGCUCAUUAAGUUGUUUGAAUCUUUCUGUUCAUUAAAAAAUUAGGCUUGUCGCAUUAAUAUUCUAGCAAAUAAUAGAAUAUCUUCAAGAUUGUUUGGCUUUUACUAAUUCCUAUGAUAAUUUGCUAUGAAUAUUCUUAGCUACUCUUGAAGCGGGAUUCGUUUUCCCAUCUGUUUGACUUGGUAUUAUUUAUUAUUUUAUGCCAUAUAGUUACUUAUGCAUAUUCUAUACCUAGAAUCAAUAAGUUGGGAUCUGGGAGUGAUUUUGAGGCUUACUUUCAAAGACUUGGAAUUGCUUCAGGCAGAGCUCGCUACACUAAGAACAAG